ACUUGUUUCUUGGGCACAUAAAUUUAAGGUGAAGCCCUUUACAAAGUUGGCAACAGUGCAGGAGCUUGCACGGAUUGUAGGUGCAAGAACCGGCAUUCCACUUUAAACACUGGAGCUGGGGCUUUGGGUAGGUAACCCAAUGGGUUUGGGUAGGUAUUCUGAUUUUGCGUGUAACCAUCAGGCAUUGUUCUAAAAGUGACUUUUCAGAUAAUCUUUCAAAUUUUGGCUUCAAUUGAUUUCUGAACACAUUAGGUAGGCACUUUGAUGGCUUGUAUUUAUUUGUUUUAGAAAAAAAAAUCUUAGCCCGUUAACUUUUGCUCUGAUGAAGCCCCGUAUGCCAGGGCGAACACUUGUAUUUACUGAUUUAGGUGUUUUUAUUGUUGUUUAUUCUCGGCGUAUUGCGGUGUUUCAUAUUUGCUACAUUUGUAUUUAUUUGUUUGCUUGUAAUAUCUCUUUUGGUAUUUACACCAGGAAUCCUUUCCAGAAGGACAGAACUUGUGUUGCACAGCAAAGUCCUCAUUUUGGCCCUUUAUCAUGUGGAAAAAAGAUUGCCCAGAUGUCAGUUUCCAUGGCUUUUACAUUGCCAAUGUUGUUGCGAAUAGUAAGACCAUAAUAGUUUUGAAUGAAAUCUAUAACUGCAUCAGUGAGUCUACCAUGUCGUCCAACUGUAGCACCAUCUUCAAGCUUUCUGCCUUUACAUUUAUUUAUAUAUUUUCUUAGAUUGCUUCCCAUGUGCUUUUGUAUAUGGCCAAUUCAAUCUUUCUUGGAAAUUUGGUAUUCUGAGCCAUAUUCUUCAAACAAUGCCGUGGAAACUUUGCAAAUGAUGAAGAGUCUCCAUCCCCUACAUAAGUAGUGUAUUUUAGCUUAUGCUUUUCCAUUGAACACUUCAAAAUAGAUUGAUUCAGUUUGAUGUCACAGACGCUUGUUGCCAUAGCGCCCAGAAUCAGUGAGUGAAGGCAUAAUGCUGUCGUCUCGCGAAAACUUGUAUAGAUCUUCGUCAGUAAAAGUGUGUAUAUUUUGUGAAAGAAUCGAUUUCCUGGCUGAAAAUGUCUUACCCUUACAUUGACGAAUUAACGUCCGUAGCAAAAUAGCGAUAUCUUGAAAAAUUGGAGGCAAUUAAACUAAAAGAAUACCCAUAUCGUCUGCCAGAAGGUUCGUGAUCUGGUGAAAUGAGUGGAUGGCCUAGUGUAGAAUAUCCUGACAUCUAUGAAUACCUGAUAAAUACUCCAGGUAAUUUAUUGAUCUUCUUUCUAUUUUAUGAUUGAAAUUUAUUCCUAUUUCUGCAAAUUCUUGAUUUUUUUAGGCCAGAUAGGUAUCAAUAAUUGUUCCCCGUUUGUGAUAACUUUCAGGCCAAAACACAAGAGAAGCAAUGAAACAAAUGAAAAAACUUAGAGGCAUACAACCAGUUCCAGUUGGGAUGGGUUCAAAAAGUGGUUUUGCUCAAGACUGAUGAAAACCUCUUUGUACUUUCAGUUAAAGUCCUUCAUUCUCAAAGACUUAACGAGGAGCCACUAAGUCCUUGGGUAGCUGCAAAAAUGGAUGGACAAUCAUAUGUGGACAUUGUAAUGGUAUGGCAGGGUAGGUAAAUGAACAUGUUAUGGUGACUCGAUGAUCUGGAGAUAAGGUUAAAAUUACAAUGAAUAUAGUGAACUUGUUAAGAUUUUAAUUAUGUUUGAAGUUUAUUUUAGGGGAUAUUGGCCAUGGGGGUUGGGGGGCAAUGAAACCUACAUAAAUUAUUACGAGAAGUUGCAAUACAAAGUUUUCUUUCUUUUUUCAAGAGAACUUCGCUUGCUGCCUUUCUUACUAGCCCUAGUAGAAAAAUGUGGUUUCAUAAAAAUUUGAUAAUGGCUUACUAAAGACAAACCAAGGUAUAAAGGUGGGUGCCUAUUUAGAGUGAAAGCAUACUAAGCAAUUAUACUAAGCAAUGUAAGGAAACAAAGUAAUUGAGUAAUUUUUUUAACAUGAUGUCUUUUUUCAAAAAUAUUUGCUAAUUCUUAGAGUUUAAUGCUACUUCUUUUUUCAGAUUUGGAGAGUCCUGCUCUCAAAUUGUUGCACUGUUAUCUAAAAUUGAGGCAGCAGUUCGACUUGGGUAUACGUCUGUUGCCUGCACAUCAAGGUCAUGUGAAUGGAAUAACGAAUUUGUUGCUGAAAUACAAGAUGCCCGGGUCAAAGAUAUUCUAUUGUAUAGAAAUUCAGAAAAAAGAACUUCCUAGCCCAAGAGCACAACACUUUCAUGCUCAUCAGAGCUACAACAAAACAAUAUUCUUGGAAGACUGAAGAGUCUACCAGCUAAGGGUCAGCCAGUUGGACUGAGUCUUUUUAGUCAAUUUUCAGCUUCUUUUCACCAGAAAGAAGCCUCGCCUCUAAUUCCCAAACUUCCUAAACCUCUGAGAAGCUAUUACAGUCUUGAUACAGAUGACAUUGAGUUCAUAAUAAAGUCAAUGUAUGAAGAAAAAGUUACGAAAGAUGACAUUGCCUUUAUUGAGCAUGCAACCUUAGGUCAGAGUGAUUCAGUUGCCUGGAGACAAGUUCGGAGUUACAGCAUCAAUUGCGUCUUGCAUACAAAUCAAGAAAGGCCAUCAGAGUCUCUAAUUUUGAAGAUUUGUUUGACAAGCAUACUUAUCCCAGUUCCCUCAAUUAUUUGGGGGAAAAAGAAUGAGGAAAAUGCCAUAAGGGAAUUUUCUUGCCAGCUAGAAAGGAAGCAUGAAGUUGUAGUUAUAAGUAAAUCUGGAAUCAGAUUACCCAACCGGUUUCCUGUUCUAGGUGCUUCUUCAGAUGCUAUAGGGAAAUGUGUCUGCCAUGGUGAAUUUCUUAUUGAAGUUAUAUGCCCACACAGCCACAGAGAUAAAAAAACAUUGAAGAAUGUAUUGCUGACAAAGAUUUUUGCCUAAAUGAAAAUCUCCUAUUAAAAACUAAACACAAAUACAUGAUCUAAGUGCAGAUGCAAAUGGCUGUAUAUGAGAUAGAAACAUGUUUCCUUGUUGUUUGGGCUCCCCAGUUUUGCUAUGCAACAAAAGUGGCAUGACAAGACUUUUGAAAAUGAUAUUGACAGUCUUGUCAAAUUUCAUAAAAGCAGUGUGGCCAAAGAGCUAAUUAUAAGGAAAAUUGAAAAAGAAAAGGAAAUGGAAAAAUCCAAAGAAAGAACCCCUACAAUGAAAUUGUACUGUAUAUAUCAAAAGCCUAUACAAGAGAAGAAAACAUGAUUGGAUGUGACAAUCCAUCCUGCAAAUAUGAAUGGUUUCAUUUCUCUUGCAUCAGUAUGGGGCGGCCCCCAAAAGGAAAGUGGCUAUGCAACUAUCGUCUUAUUUUGUUAUGUUUAACCAUUAAAUUUUUGUAACAAAACUUGAAUAAAAUGUCCUUAUAUGUAACAAAACUGUCCUUAUAUACAAUGCUGGGUGCUAGGUUAAUAAGACAUGCACAAACUGUUAUCAAUUUUUCAAUAUUUGGAUAGUCAUCAUCAUUUAGCUCAUUAGUUUUUGAUUUCACUAAACUAAUUGGAAGAGACCCUUGAGAUAAUAUUCCAAAUCUCCUCUUCAAGUUGCCAAUGACCCUUCUGAUGCGAAUUCUGAUGUUAGCAAUUUUUCUCGUAUUCUCUACCUCCUUUGCACGAUUGCUUUUUCCCUUUUGUGAAGCUAGGACUGACAAGCUCUGCUUAACAGGCAACUGCAAAGUCAUCAACCAAAGUAAACCCUCUAUCUGCCAGUAUUUGGUAACCAAAUUCAUGAUAUUUAGAAUGGAUGAAGCCUGACUGACAAACAAUAUGGUUGCCAGUGGCUCUUCCUCCCCAAGCAGGUGACAAGAAGGUGCUUGCUUCUAGAGGGCUGCAGCAUGUGAAAAAUUUUACGGUGCUGUGCUUUUUAAAAUUUGAAUACACUUGGGCUCUGGCUUUCAAAUUAGCAAGACGCUCAAUGAAUAUUUCAAAGCAGUCUACAAUAGACGUUAGUCUUCGAAACUGGGCUCUAAAUACUGGCGGGAGUGUCUGUCUGAUGAAUUCUCUGUCAGGCCAAUGAAUAAGGAAUUUCAGUUUUCUAUACAUUAUAUCAAUUACUUUCUGAAACCAAGAAUGAAUGGUACUCUGGGAGAUGCCAGUUUGCAUGCUAAGGUACUCAAAUGGUAGGUUGAGACAUAGGCACACUAAAACCAUCAAAAUCUGAUUUUGUUGUGGCAGAUUCUUUCUUGGAAUAUUCAUGAAUGGUGUAAUUGCAUCAUUCACUAUUUUCAAUACAAACUUGGAUUUUACUUCAUAAUCUAGAACCUCCCCUGUCUCAACUGCCAUGACAAAUACCACACCAUUCAAGGAAGAAUACCACUAGCGUUUUUGCCAAGUACUAUCGACAGUAACAGCAAUGGGAAAAACAUCUUCCUCAGCAUCCAAGUUUUUACAUGCCUCUUCUUUGACCUUCAGAAUACUUUUAAUCUGAAUGAUGCUUGAGACAUGCCAAGUUUGCACUUACAAGUUCUAAAUUUUUAAGAUGAUCACUGUAUGAUGCUUUGUUUAUUGGGGGGAGGUAAAUCGAACAUACCACAAAUUCUUUGAAGAUCUGUGUGUCCAUUGCCAGAAUAAAAACCUACUUGAACAAGUCUGAGAUUUUGUUUGAAAAAGUCUGCUUGCCAAGGCAGUCAACCUUCUCCGUUGUAUGUAAACUGACACUGUGAUGGCAGUUUUGGCACAAAAAAAGUGACUCAUCCAGCCAAGGUCUCCUUCAGUCUACUUGAAAAAGUUUCGAACAGCCUUUCAAUGAUCUGCAAAUUUUGCAGAUGGCUGUCCUUUCUAUAGCCACAUCCAACAACUUUGAAUUAAAAACAAUGUUGCCAAAUGCCUCUGUGCUUGGAUGUGAAAUAGUGCUUGUCAAACCAAGAUUAAAAGCCUUCUGCCUUGUUUCUAUAUAAGGACUUGUUUCCUUUCUGACUUAAAAAUGGGACAGUUUUCGGAAACUUUCUCAAAUGCCCUAUUAAGUUUAUCUGGCGUAUAGCUUGCACCUGGCCUAGAAUCAUCCUUCUUAGGCCUUCCUUCAUUAUCAUCAUCGUUCGUCAAUCCUGUCUCCUUAGGCCUACAAACUUUUUCUUCCUGACGUAAUUACUUCUUGACUUAUUCCCUGGCAUUACAAAAGUAAGUCUACAUAACAUUCAAGUACCAAAAAGUCUUCUAUUUUCUUCUUACAAUAAAGUAUGUGAGCAAAAAAUGGCUUUGUCAAAGUAAAUUUUGUCAUUUUGCUGCGGUAUUUCUCUAUGUAAAAGACACAGAAUACAUUCAACUCAAUGAUGUAGGAAAAUAGUUGGUAGGGCACGAAAUGUGACCAAAUUUUAGAGGAAAACUCCAAAAACGGCUCCUUAGCAAGACAAUUUUUGCGUUGCUAAAGGAAGUAAGCAUUUUGCAAGGCCAAUUAUUGCAACUGUUCAUGCCCAAUUCCAACCAAAUGAAGUUGGUUCUAUCACUACAUAUGUUAAACUCUCAAGAAAACACAAAAAAAUCAAAUUUGAGAAAAUUUCCAUUUUUUCUCAAAAUCUGCCAUAUGUCCACCUUGACACAGAUAGGAUAACAUGCGUUAUAUAUUAUCAGUCAUCCAUCAACGAAAAUUUUGAAGUUGCUUUCAUUAGUUCUGUCAUUACUUUGCUUUUUCCCGAGAAGGACCUGAUGUUUUCUGAUCUGUGUGUAAAGUGCCACUCGCCCAAGAAACUCUUCUUUUUCCAGUACAUAUCCAUUGCUGCUUUCAGGAUUUGGUCAGCCUUUGCAAAUUUUGGUGCGUUCUCAGCUAUUUCCAUCCCAUUUAACGCAUGUUCCUCCUUGAGUUGCCUUGUCAAAAUGAACCUCAUACCUUGACACUAAGCUCUCUACUAUACUUUUGAUGGAGAUUUUGAUAGCUACAGUACAAAUUAUGUGUUUUCAUUAGCAGUACCAUUUUUGUUUUCAUUUAUAAUCCUCUCUAGGCACUCACAAACAGGUUUAUAAUCUUUUCUUAAGUUUAUAAACAUGAAACAUACACUGUUAGCAAACCUGGUCACUUGAAAAUUAUGAAGUGUGGCUAAAUUCUGCUCCAGCAUGUCACAAACUUCAACCAAAAGCUCGUAGUUCUUGCCCCAAUUAAACUUUUUGUAAAUUUCGAUAAAUCUCUUUUGUAAAUCGACAAGCCAUUUGAAAUUCGCAGCUUUUCUGAUUUUAUUGUCCACUAGACCUGCUUUGUGAAGUGGAUCCCAUGUUGCCAAAAACGUACAAGGUAGUGAAUAAAGCUAUGACAUAUGGUCUGGAACAUUUAAAGAUAGCUAGCAGCUUCCACGUGUGAAUCUUUGAUAUUAAAUCGCAAGAUUUGAUCGACCACGCUUUGUGCUAUUCCUUUGCCACUGUGGUCCUUAACAAUAGGCUGGCCAAAAUAUACAAAGCAGAUGGGAGUACCACUGUCAGGAACUGUAGUCAAGACACUGGUAAAUUGUCUUGUUCUGUGCACAUUGGUUCAUUUGUCAGCAAGAAAAUUUACUGUUGGAAGAAAGCCAUUUUGUUGUGUUCUUCUGCCAAAAAUCUUAACAGUUCUAGAAUGAAAUCUACUGAAUUCCUUUGAAACGAAUGGCUGAGAAUCUCUCAGAAACUGAAAGGAGUGAUAUAAAUCUCCCAUAUCACAUCAAUUCUGAGUUGCUUUUAGAAUCUCUUUCUCGAACGAUCUGAAUGAUUUUCCCUCCUGAUAAAUAUCGUAACAUAUACCAGUGAUCCAAAUUCGAAAUGCAAUAUUUCUUGCAACUUGUGUUGUUCUUUCACGUUUUUUUUCUCCCAGGCUUCUAAAUUGAUGACAUGCAAAGUGGUGGUGAAAUGUUUUUUCAGAUGCUUCUUUAGAUUGCCAAAUGAAUCUGGCAAUAUAUUGUCAUUUCCAAACAUUAAACCAAACUUUCACAAUCAUCUAGCAAAUAAUGGAAAAUCUCCGGAGUGCAAGCACCUUUUAACGGCGCAGCAGCUUCAGAUUGCAUUGGGGAACACAAGUCUCAAUUGAAGUAGCCAUCGCAUCUAGAAUAGGAUAGUUCAGGAAAGCCUCAAAGAAUAUCAUCAAUUGAUCUGCAGAGAAAAAGCUUUGCAGGUUUGUUGAAAGAAUGGAGAAAGCUACAUUUCAUAUUCAUAUAAAAGAGAGUAAUUAUUUAGAGAUUAAUGCCUAAAUAAAGACAUGGGUACCAAUUGCAUAUUCUAAUAAUAGCAUAAAGGGGCAUUCUUUCAUUUCCUUUUCUCUCAAUAUAUUUUGAUAUAUGAUAAUGCGCCUAAAUCUUUCCUUUCCCACUUUUUCAUAAAUCAAUAAUGACAUAUAGAGAUUGGCCCAAUUGUAGGACUGAGACCAAGUACCCCAGUCUAAAAAUAGCACUUGGGGGCAUUUUUCGGCUUGUGUCUGUUCGGCAUCGUCAUCAGCGUGGGAAAUUACCUCAAUAUACAAAUUUUCAUGCUGGUAUCACAAUUUGCACGAUUCAUGUUCUAACAGCCCAGACUAACAAGAUCAGAAAGGCUUACUCGUUUUAUAAAAGUGGUUUUGUUCACCAAAUUUUGGAAGUCCAUUUCUGAAUCUAAUAUCAUUAUAUUUAGAAUAGAGACCAUACUAUUAGGCUCUUGGGAAGGUCUGUCAACAACAUCAUUAAGACAGGAAGAAGUUUCUUCGGGUUCAAAGUUGAAAUCAGGGGCUAGGAAACUUUUUUCCCUAGCCAUCAGACAACGGUGGAAAAAAAGAACAAUUAAGAAAAUAACUGUACUUAUCUGAACAAUAAAACAGAAUGUCUACCAGGUGAUGCUCGAAAGUCGAAAAAUCUCUGAACAGAGUAUCAAAUUCUCAGCUUGUUCGCAACGCAUGAAUACACAAUAUGCGCUAACCCACACCAUCUCGUGCAGCUCUGUAAGGAGCUGGGACGAUGACGAAAUAGAAUUAAUAAACGAGUUACCCUUGCGUUUUGUAAUUUUGCGUAACCAGUUGCGCACAAGUUUGCCAUGAGGAUAUUUCUUGUAAGUACUCCCAUGACCUUCGUGAACAUUGAUAACAUGGUUAAGAAGUGACAGGCGUUUUUCUUUCAUUUCAAUGGUGCUACCCAUAGAUGAUGUUGCACAGCAAUAAACAUGAUUUUUUUAUGCUUUUUACCCAAUCAAGUACUGCAACUUUUUUCCUAAUUGCUUUAAAGAGAAUGAAAAGCAAACAUCUCUGGUAAAAAUCCCAUAUGGCAGAAACUUUUCUUAAUUAUUUUAAGAAAUGCAAAAGCUGAAAGAAGAAAUCGAUUAAGUUGCUCAUGUUUACUAGGAUUGAAGACAAGGAUGCAUUUUAAACAGAAUUUCAAAUUCUUCUCACACUUUACAACAUGGAAAACAUCAAAGUAGUGUUGUUUGUCCUUCUUCUGCAGUCUGAUGUACUUUCUAACAGGGCCAUGGCGAUCUGUUACAAGUGCUCUGUACUCAAUCUUUUCUCCCUCUAUCUUGCCCAGAGCCUGCUUGAGACCUUCUAAUUCCAUGAAGCCUGCUCCUCCAACUUCAUUUCUACUAAUAAAAAUGUUUACUUUCCAUUAAAAAAUGUUUGUUGAGCUUUUGUCGUAAUGUGUACUCAAAUAAGACAUUGGUAUGGUCAAGACUAGUAGCACUUUAUUUCCCUGACUAUUUGCUUUUAAAAGAUAACCAAAUAAAUCAACAUUACUUUUUUACAGACAAUAUAGACUGCAUAAAUAGCAAUAAUACCUGAAUCAGCCGUGUAUCUAUAAUUUUAUUACUUUCCAGAUUCAUUAAGGAAUAAGACCCAUAACUUGCAGAAUAGCCUGGGGAAUCAACACAUGCAACACCACCAAGAACUAAUUGUUUCCCUUGUAAUUUUUGAAAAAUUUCUUUUCAGACUUCCCCAACAGCAAAGACAGAUUGUAUAGGAUAUGCACUCUGAAUAGCAUUGAAUACCGUUUUUGAUAUCCCUGCCAUAUUCAAAUGUUUACGAAAAGAAAAAACUUUUGAGGGCUGGCUGCCAGAAAUUAAACAGGCAGCAGCUAUUCGAAAAUUCCCCCAUGGCAUUUUCUUGUGCAUUGGCUGGGAAUACCAGACCCUUUUGUGCCCUUUAAUGCAUUCAGCCUCUAUACGCAACAUUGACCCACAAAGAGUUUUUCUUACAUUUGUGCUUGGGGCAAGACAAAUUUUGCAACUUGCAAACGUGACGAUGCAAGAUUCGGAAUUCAGGUAUGUCUUUGGUUCUUGAAAAUCAGCUUCAGAUUCAGAACUUUCUGAAUCUUCAGUAUCAGACUAUUCAGUGCUACCUAUUCAGUCCUUAUCUUCCAUUGUGGAUUGUCCUGUUGGUGCCUCAUCAGAUUCAUCAUUCAUCUCAUCUACAGGUUCUAUAGAUGUCUUAUUUUUUAAAUGGCUCUCUGUCUGUUUUUCCUGAUCAACCAUGAUUGACAGAGUGGUAUCAUGUGUUUCUGUUUGAGUGCCUUAAAAAUAAAAAAACGCUUUUCAUACAAUGUAUAAUCUGCUUAUGGGAAUAAUUAAUGGGAAGAUCAAAGGGGCGGGUGUUUCCAGAAUAAAAUUAAAAGAGCAUCUUAUGAAGUGAUAUAAAAAGUCAUAUAGAAGUUGUAUUGCGGCAUUACAGAGAUAUAUCAGGUAAAGCCCCGAAGUCUUGAAUACAGAAUACUUACCACGUGUUACAGAAUAUUCUGGGGUUUGUCUGUGUUCCACGAAAAUGAUGACCAAAUGGUGUGGUGUCUUGUUCUCUUCCCUUUCGUUUUGUAGUUGUUCCGUAACAGCAUCUUCUGUCUUCACCAAAACCAAAGGUGAAUCCACAAAAUCAUCAGGGGUGAAUUCGCAUGAUUUUUCUUUUCCUCUUCCAGAAUUUCUGAUAAAAGACAGGUUGACUGGUUUCACACUUAAAAUCGAAACUUUAUUGCAAAACUGAUGCAAUAAACAUUGCAGUUUCAUUUGAUGGUAUUUGGAGCAAGCGAGGCUUUACUGCAAAUUAUGGCAUAGGUGCUGUAAUUGCAGUAGACAUAAGCGUUGGACUAUGCAGUUAUGUCCAAGUCAUGCAAAAAAUGUAAGGCUGUUGAGAAAUUGAAAUGUGACUUGGAAAAAUAGAAGCAAUGGAAAUCAAACCAUGCAAGACAAGGAUAAUGCAAAAAGAACUUUGAAGGUUCAAGUACUGCCGUGGAGAAGGAAGCUGCAAAGAUCAUUUGAGACGGUCCUUAUCAAAACAUAACUUCCAUGACAAAGAGAUGGUGUGUGAUGAAGAUAGCAAAGUCUGUUCGGAAGUUUGGGAUACUUCUCGGGUGUGAGGACUGUAAUAGAAAUGCAUCAAUGGACAAAAGAUCGCUUCAUUAUCAGAAAUGGGUGAAGUUUGCAGCAUACACCAGAUGGGAAAAUGAACAUGAGAAUGGGAUUGGGGAAUGUUACGGUGUCAAGAAACUUGGUUGUAUUGGUCACAUCCAAAAAAAGAGGGCAAAAAUCUAAUUAGCGUGCAGAAAACAGGUGGAAAGCUUUCAGAUGGAAAGGCUGUUGGAGGGAGGCAAGGCAGGCUUACAAGACCAGUAAUAGACAGGCUUCGAAAAUAUUAUGAAAAUGCUAUUAGAAGCUCUGUUGACAGGGACGCAAAAAAAGGACAAAAAGCAGUAGAGAAAAUGCAAAAAAAAGGCCGUCCUAUAUCACAGCAUUAAGAUGAAAGAACAAGAAAAGAUUUUUGUCUUUCAAACUCCUGUUGUGCUUGCAAGAACAAUAGAUGUUACACAGAUGAAACAUUUGUAGGUAAGCCAUAUCAUCUUGAUGAAGUUUUCUUAGAGUUUUUGCUACCUCUCUUUGACCGUUUGUGCAGUACCAGUUUGCGAAAAAGGUGCUUGCCAGGGCUCUCCCAAAAUGUGAAUGAAUCUUUCGAUUCUCUGAUUUGGAUACGUUGUCCAAAGCACCAAAACAAACGAAUGAAGGUUGAUGAGGUAGCAACAGGCUCAGCUGUUUUGCAAUUCAAUGUUGGAGCAACUGGAAAACAUGCCCUGAUGGAUAUUUUAGGUAUUGCAAUGGGGAAUUAUACAGAACAUUGUAGCAACAAGAAAGACCAGAGAAGGAUUGUGCAGUCAUCAGCAAGACUGAGACAAAGGUUUAAAAGAGCCAGAGAAGUUAUUCGCCAAGAAAAGCUCGAGAAGAAGAAUGGCUCAAGAGUUUGGUAGGGGUGAUAUAUGUGGCAAGGGCAUUCAAUGAAGAGGAUCAAGGACCAUCUGCUGCAAAACAGAGAAGGACAUAUAAAAAAGAAGCAAAAAUUGAACUAAAAUUGCAUUUGCCAGUUGAAUAACAUUCUAAGAAACAUUGAUGAACUUCAAUCGCAAUUUACUCAAAACGCCUGUUUUUCAUAGCAGGUGAUUGCCCAAUAUGAUUAUUUUCAUAACCUUUGAAAAUAUUAGCAAGAGAUUUGGCAGAAAUACUUGUCUUGUCAAAUCUAGUAAUGUCCCUAUGAGCUCUUUUUAAAAAUUUUCUAAGGUUGUCCUAAAAUUUAUACUUGUUGCAAAAGCCUCCCUCAUUGGUAGUUACCAUAGCAACCAGAUUGAAUCAUCAGUAAAUUUCACAUUGGGGCAUUCUUUAUGAUUUCAGCUUUGUUUUUGUUGAAUUUCAUACCUCUCUAACAGAUAUUUCUUGAAUUAAGCAUAACCAUUCACUUUGAAAUCUGAUCCACAAAAUCCUCAACUUCAAACAAGCGUUUUCUCAUUUUAGGGGGGUGCUUUUCUAAUUAUUUUUCUCCACCUAAGACCUGUAGGGUUUCCUUGGCAGAUGAGAUAUAGGUCAAAUCUAUAUGUUGUAGGAUAUUAGAAUAACAAAGGUUUAAACAUGUGCAAAAAUCCUUAAGAGAAUCAUACACUGUUUUAAUCAGAUUUGCUAAAAUUCUAGCUGAAAGCAAAUUCAAUCCUUGGGAUAGUAUGGACUUUCAAUGGUGCUAUUCUGUUCUUAGCACAAACAAGCUGGGAAUUUAGACCAUUUGGAGUUUCAUCCCAAUCAAUUUUCAUGUCACACAAUUCUUGAAAAACAGAUUUAGCCUUUUCUGUCAAUGGGCUUACCAGUCCCAAAGGUUCAAAAAAGCUUAGCUAAAGCACUUCAAAUACCCUAUUUUGUCUCUGUCUUGUCCUGAAGAUCUGCAAUCAUUUUGUCUAGCUGAAAGUCAAAAUUAUCCUUCUGAAAAUCCCAAUCAAUUCUUAAGACCUUGGUUUUGCCAGUGGCAGUUUUUUCUAGGCCAAGCAACUCAGUUUGAUCAAAACAACUCUUAUCACUCACCUGGUUUUCCUUUUCCGAUUUGAUGAUCACUCUCUGAUUUGUACAUCUUGAUGGUGUGUUAAAUAUUCAUGGUAGAAUUUCUGAACAGCUUCUUUUUCCAUCCUGCUACCAUACUUUAUAGCAGGAAUGUUUUUAUGAAGUUCUGACUUUCCAGCAACACAUUUAGUAACUGCAUCAAAAUUUGCAUCAGCAAAUCCUUUGCUCUCUGCUGUUUCAAUCCUUGUUUUCACACUGUGUGCCUUUGAUGCUGUGAUGACAUGUUGACGGAAUGCCAACCAAAGAGGGUUAUGGACCGACCUCUGGUUACUCUCUCUAUUUCUGCAAUUUGAUCCUGAUCAAUCCCCAAAAUGAAACGGAGGAACUCAUCUCCAGUGGAUAAUGCAAGGAAAAGCUCAUUGAUUGUCUUAACAGAAAAUUUCAUUUGACAAUCUUGACUUUUGUUCAGAUGAGGCUUAGCCAAUGCAGUAAAGAUUAUGUUAUCUUCUUCUUUGCAUACAUCUUUAAGUGCCAUGGCAAUAUCUUGAAGUGAAAGCUUGUGAUUAAAGCUGCUUAGAGGGUUAAACUUCUUCUUUGGUGAGGCAUUUAUUUCCUCUGUCUUUUUUUUCUACGCCCAAAAUCACUUCUUCCUAAUUUAAGAUCUCUCACUUUAGAGGGUUCACUUUGAGAGGUACUGCCAGAUUGCUUGGAAGUUACCUGGGCUAUACUUUAUGUAGUUGCGAUACUGUGAAUCAUCAUGCUGCGACCUUAGUGAAAUAUUUUGCCCAGGACGAUGAAUGAUUCCAGAAACAAUUGGAAGCAGUUUACAUCGAUUGAGGUCCACAGUUUUCGAAAUCAUGCUAUCACACAUUAUAUUUAUAGGCUUUGCCAUUCCUUCCAUGCGAGCAUUAAACUCAGUAGCUCUGAAUGUUGAUGUCUGAUGAAUUGGUGAUUUCAACUGAUGAUCUUUGAAGCGUUUUAAAGCUGUUCCCCAUUGGAUGAAUGACAGUUUAAACAAAAAUGUUAACUUGGAUGCAUUAUGAGAUGCCUCUCCACCAAAUAGCACAUAGUUGAUACAGAGAGCACCAUCAAGUACCUCUGAAUAACAUAACAAACGAAAGGUAGUUAGCAACUUGAACUGAAAUCUUCAUUCCAGAAGAAUUCAGUGGGAAAGAAUAUGAUGAUGAAGGUGUCCAUCUGCAGAUAAGAAAAUGAUACUUCUGAGAGUCAGAAAAAGGCUAAGUGCUCUUAUAGAAAUUUCCAAUAUCACUUUCAUUUGAAGAGUUUGAUGUUGAUGUCUGAUGUGAUGACAUGUUGACGGAAUGCCAACCAAAUGAAGAAUCCGGGGGAGCAUUCCUGCUGGAUUCCACUGUUACAGAGAUAGUUCUUGAUUCAGUUACUUUGAAAGGUGAAACUGAUUCUGUAGCUGAAGACACCAUUAGAGAGCUACUAGGCACAGAUUUUGUUACAAAGUUCCUUUAGAACCUGGACUGUCUUCAAAAAAAAAUUCUUGCCUUUUUCAAUGAAAAGCUCUCCAAGAUUAAUUUCUGCUUUCUUUUACAUGAUACUGCAUUGUUUCCUUAGAGCUCCUGUGGCACUGGUUUUGGAAGAAGAGAUUGUUUUGCUGGGACAACUAGAAAACUCCUUAAAGUACCUUGGAUAUUUGAAACAGAAGGAACUUGAGCAGCAGAAGAUUCAGUGUUGCAAUCUUUUAGCAAAUUUGAGAUAAUUUCCAUCACAACAUAUUCUUAAAAAGAGCAGCAGGGAAACUUUAUGUACUUUCAUAAAAAAGGAAGACAAUUUUUUGCCAAAGAAGUCACCAUGGAAUUAAUAAAUUUAAUUUUUGCUGACAACCACCAUUAAAGAACAACGAAUCGAAAUAGAAUAGAGAUGGAAAAACCCAGAAAUAGAAUAGAGAGGCAUGUGACAAUUCAUUGGUAAAGUAUAACUAGUGUCUUAUUCAUGAAUUUUGUGAUAAGAUGCAACUUGACAUAUUUUGUAUUAGAUGUAGAACAUCACACUCAGAUUUACUGUCAGUAAACUAGCCACUCCAUUACUGUCUACAAGGCUAAGCUGCAUAGACAAUAAAUGAAUCAAAAAUGAUUUUGUGGAUGGGUGGUGUUUUCUUAGCUUUUCAUGCUAAAUCAUGACAAAGAAAAUUAUCAAGCUAUUAGGGGGGUAUUUGUUAAUUCUUACAGUUGAGCCAGCCACUGCUAAUCAUAUCUACAUAUUGUUUCAAUUGCCUAAUUCAGGUGGCAUGAUCCCACCAGGGUUCAGAGAAUAAGGAUAUAUCUAUGGAGGUAAAGUAGUUAAUCAGUUUACUUUUUAGCAUACACCAAAAUAAAGUUGUUUAUGUUAUUUAGUAUUUAUUCCAAUACUGUUUAUAAAUAAAAAAUCAAAUAAAGCAAUCAUCUAGUCAUACCAGUCAUCUAAACAGCCAACAGUCCCAUCGACAAUAGAUUUUAAUUGGGAAUUGGAGAAGAUACAGACCUGUUAAGGGAAUAAAUAAUGUUAUAGGCUGUUUUAAAAUUAUUAUACAAAAUAUUAAAUGUUAAAGCACAUUGUUUAAGCUAAGCAAGGAAAGAAAACAAUUUUUUUAUACUGAAGUUGUACUUGAGUACGAUUAAAGAAUCAAAGGUGACGUAAAAUUUAAAACUAAACUUGUCAUGUUUUCAUUUUUUUCUCUUGCAAUUGAAUCAAAUAUUUUGAUCUCUUCUCUCCCAAAAUUAAAGCUAUCUUUUCUCUUCCUCUCACACAGAGACCGACCACCUGAUCUCAAAAUUUAAACUCUUCUGGGACUGUUGUUUUGUUGUGAUCUAUCUCUGUCAAUAGGUUUUCAAAAUUGAUUCUUUAUUUCUUGAUCGCAAUUUAUUUGCAAUCGAUCUCAGCAUUGUGGUUUGAGUCCCAUUAUUACCUGUAAUAAGCAUUUUUUCACAGUAAAUGACGUGAUAACAGCUUGUUUCAACGGCUUCCUCUGCAAUUUCCUAACAUAUUAAACAAGCAAACCCUUCAAAAACCUGUCUUGGUAGGUUUUCUUUUGCUUCUACAAUCAAUAAAUUACAACAGAUUGAAGAUAGAAGACAAUUUUUUUUCUGGUUACAUUAUAAUAAGGUUUAGAAAAAACAGUUUCCUAAAAGUUCCAGUUGUACUUUGUAGAAUUUCUUCAUUUGACUCUAAAAGGGUUUCAUUAGAGAUAUCAUAAGGAUCUGAUGCCAUUUGCUUCUGGUAACCUAUAUUGUUACAACUAGAACAAGUGGCAGCAUGAUUGUACAAACAGAAAGGAUAAUAUAGAAGCAAAGGCCUCUGAAAUGACAAUCUUGCGCAAAUUGUGAUAAAAGCAUGAAAAUCUGCACAACUACAAAGUUUGAUAUGCUGAAUAAGAUGGGGUUGGGACCCAGCCCCCAAAUGCUAUUUUUAGAAUGUGUUAUUGUUCCCAGACUCCUAAAUGUAUUAUCUCUAUAACUUUGUUGAAAAUGAAAUCAGUGACAUGAAAAUUGGCAUAGAUACUAAUCAUAGCAAAUAAACGCGAUAUAGAUUCACAUCCGUUAUCAAAAUGCCCCCAAAUACUAUUUUUAGGCCAUGUAUACCUUUCAAGACCUCUAACACGCUUAUCUCUACAACUUUGCUCAAAAUGAAAUCAAUUAAAAGCAACUUGGUUUAGAUAUGAUAACAAUGCCAAACAGACUUUAAUUCGCACCCAUCAUCGCAGUGGUCCUGAAAUAUCAAAACUGUUUUGUGUAAUGUGCCAGCAAUGUGCAAAUUUAGGUAAUGAAACAUUGUAUCAAGGGUCGUAUUAACCACUGAGCAGACUAAGCAUGUACUUAGGGUUAAAGCAAAGGGGGCAUCAGAUUGUUGAGAAAUGGAUGACAAGAAAAGAAAAAAUAUGUGAACGAUGUAAAAUUGGCAAAGCUGAUGUAAAUUGACCAAAAUAUUGAUUUUUUGUCAGGUCAUGUUCUUUAGUAAACAUAAAAAACGACAAAACUAUUACAGAUUGAUGUAGAUUUUCUGCUUUUGAUCAGUUGACCAAAAUAAGGACAUAUUGUUCAGGUGACCAAAUGUGGCAUCUGUUGGUCAAUAUUUAACAAAGUCACAUUUUUCCUGUGAACUAUUUAUCUAAGAUGUAAUGUGUACCGUAUCCAUGAUCUUCUACUGCAUUAGGAAGAAUAUACCAAUCACCUUCUUUGAUUCUUUCUCUAAAUUCUUAUAGAUAAAGAUAAGCACUUAGUAUCUCUAGCUUUUGAUACAUUUUUACUUUUUUAUCUAGAGAAACUGCUUGUAUUUACUCACUGACAAGUCUGGGGGGUGUUAUAAGAGUUCCAGCACACCUUUUCUGAGCUUUAGUCUAUUGUUGAGUAAACAAUUAGUGAAGGGCUUUCCCAGCUAAUGCUGUUCACGUUUGGUGUUCUGUUAUUGACUCCUUUAAUGUUUUUUAUAUUGUCUGGCAGAAAACUUUGUCAUCCUAAAAACCAUAUGUUUGUUUGACAACGCACUUUUAUUAGGUGGAUUGGCAGCACUAUCUCUGAUAGGUCUAAAGCCAUGAUUUCUUGGUGUAUUGCUCUCAUAUCUGGGUUGGUGCUUCUAAAUCUUUUCUGUCUUCUCUGCAAAAUCUUACAGUAAAUGCUUAGAGUAAAAUACUAUUGAUCUUAUCAACAACUGCAACUUUACAAAUCUCUGAAACUUCAUUCUGCAUGGCGUUGUAUUGCUAGCCAAUCCCUUUUUAAUAGUUAUUUCCAUACACAAUGCUACUAGCCUGUGUUUCAGACCCCUAACUUGAAAGUAGAGGGUCUGUGUAACCAAGAGCGAUACCUCAUACGAGCUUUUCCCAGGAUCUCUGGGAAGAAUAAUUUAUGCGUAAAAUAUGCAGCAUACUGAUAUUUUCUCAAAUGGUGUUUGUAUGGAAUGGAGAUGUUUCUGACAAUAUUCACAGUGGCUGCAGCGACAGUUCACUUAAAAAAAUUACCCACAAGAGAUUAUAUUGUAACUUUCAUUGGCUAGCUACGUGUGAGAAUGCUAAUUUGACUCAGUUUUUGGUAGUAAAGGCCCUUCCGCUUUCCUGUGAAAUUGCACAUUUGGGUUUGGCCUAACUAAUACCGUUCACUUGACCACGAUAUCAGUCAAGGACUGAAUUUCGAAUACUACUUCCCCACGCAAAGAGAAAUCUAGGAUUGGGAUCUAGGCAAUGGAAGGAGAGGGUCCUGUUUUGAGAACUGUUAGAGACACACAAACAAGCGUGUUUCAGAUAAAACAUUUGUUUGAAGAUGAAGUUUGGUGAAAGCUUGCAAGAAGAGGGAGAUAGAGGCAUGCAUCCCACAAAGAUUAUUGCCGCUGAAUCUGAAACAAGGGACAUAAGCUCUCAAGCUGAUAAAAUAAUUAAUUCGUCAGGAAGCAAUGCUGCCAAUUAUCAUGAUGCUGGAGAUUUCACAACUGAAGGUUAUAUUAUUUCCGUGUAAAUUGGAAUAGCCAAUCAGAGAAAGGAAACUCCCACUCUCUCUGCAAAUGCUUUGUUGGGAAAAUGCUUUUAAGGGGAACCUUCCAGCAGAUUGCUGCUGUCGUCUGGAGGUAUGGAGGAGGUAUGCCCUCAGACCAUACAUUGUUAGAAGAGCUGCUUAAAGCUGCACAUGUUGAAUCGGCGCAAUUAUGUUCAAGGAAGGUCCCAAGCAUGCUUUGAAGGUCAAAGAAGGACAACCUUCUUCAGUUUGAUUUUGAGAUGUUGAACAGAGAACUGAGAAAAGAACCCUUUUCUGCAUGGGGUGCUCAAAUCUGCCUGUCUGAAAACUUCAAUAGCAGACUUCCCAUUAAUAAAUAAAAAGCGAACUUCCCAUUAAACCCGAGGAAGAGACUGGAAAUGUUACCUGGAUACCAGCAUUAUGUAUGGCAGCUGCAAUUUGUGCAAAAAAUCGUUUGUCUCACGUGUCAGCACGUCAGUUGAUCAUUUCAAUAUUAUUGCAGCAUAACUCUUUUGACUGUAAGUCUUUUAGAUUAUCUUUAUUUUGAAGACAUACUAUAUUCACUUGAACAUAACAUGAAAUUUCAGGCAUGUGUGAAAAUGGAAGUUGAUUUGUUUCCUUUUUAAAACAACAGCAUGAAAGAUAGAAACUCAUUUUAAGGUAAUGUAGCCCAAAUUUUUGGGUAUAAAAUUAUAGGAAGUUUCAUGUGGUAAUUUUUUCAAGGUAAAUCACAGGUAAUUUUUUGUGGUGCAAGUUGUAGUUUUUUUAUUUUUCCGACAUUUCCAACACAAUUUCCUAAUAUAAAGAGCAAAAUGGUUCAGGCAGAAAGGGUGCCCAUAUAAGAUUGCAUUUCUGAUCUCAUCAAAAUAAAGGUUGACCAAUCCAAGAAAAUUUGGCAACUGAGGACAAGGUUGUUUUACUGGAAAAGCAUGUUGCUUUUUUGCAAAAUAAAAUGAUGAUGGUGAACAAUAUCAACAUAGACUUAGACUGUCUAAGUAUUAGCGGUAUUGAUCUGCCAACAUCAGGGAAAAGCGAAUCAAGUGAAGAAUAUCUUCAAAAGAUAGGGGAGGUUUUCGAUGAAAUUGGUGUGGACGUACCAGACCUGUGCUUGAUCGUGCUCAUAGUAUUGGGAAAUUGGUCACAAAUGAAGGUAAGCGCACAAAGCAGAUGAUUGUGUGACUAACCAUAUGGCAGCAUAGAACUGCAAUUUAUAAAGCACGUAAGAAGACCACAAGGUAUAGGGUCAUGUUAGACCUAACAAGGAGAAGAAGAGAAAUCAUUAAAAGGACAAAUGAAAUUCUAAAAGACGAAAAUGAAUCCUUUGCAUUUGCAGACAUUUAUUGCAAUUUGUGCUGUUUUAGGAGGGGAGAAUUCGUUUAUUUUAAUGAUGUGGAAGAUCUUUAGAGGCUGAGAAACAAUGAUCUUAGAUAGGUUAACUCGUUUCUUUAGACGUGGCUGUCUUUUCUUAUUGUUUUUUUAUUGUUGUUCGAUACCGUAUAAAUCACCCAACAAAAAUUUCCUAUAACUCGUCAAUAAUAAUUGAUAACAUUUUCACAAACUUAACGAAUUUGGAAAUUACAUGUGGAAAUAUUCUGACCCAGAUUUCCGACCAUUCCCGCAAUUACUAAUUUUUAUAAACGCUAAUAUGAAAUACAAUAGGUCAGUUACCUAUAAACAUGACUACUCAUCUUUUGAGAAGAGGUCUUUUAUUUCUGGCUUUAAUAAAUUAGAAUUGAGCUAUAUCGAUAAUGAUACCGAUAUUAAUGGAAACGAUAAUAAAUUCUCUCAAGACAUUAAUAUGCUAGUUGAAAAACAUGUACCAGUUAUAAAGUGCACAAAAAAGAAUAAAAAAUGAAUAUGAAUAAAAAACCUUGGGGUUCUUUCCUUCAGUUCUCUAAUCAACAUCUCAAAAUCAACAGCAGAAUAUAAAAAAUGAUGCGAAUUCGUGAUCACAUGUUUAGAAAAAUGAAAAGAAAUAGAUCGGAUAGCAAUCUUCAACUCUACAGAAAAUUUAGAAAUCUGAUGACAAAUGAGAUAAAGAAAAGCAAGCUAAUCUAUUUCCAUGACUAUUUCUCUACAAAUUGCCAAAAUCUGAAAAACUGUGGGUAGGCAUUAAAUCAAUUAUUUCUAAUAAGGGCUCUGUCCUUGCAAGUAUUGGCAAAAGCAAGGAUAAAGAAGAAAUAACUUCAGAUACAACUAAAAUUUUUAAUAUCUUAAACAAGUACUUUGUCAAUGUUGCUGAGAAUAUUACCAAAACUUUGCCAAAAGAUCAGAGUCACCUUUUGGUUUUCUUGAUAAUAAAAACUUAAUCUUACUCUCUCCAGUCGAUCAUAUAGAAGUUGAGAAUGAAAUUUCUAAAUUGGACUCAUCAAAGUCUUCUGGGCCACACAGUAUUCAAAUAAAUUUAUUGAAAAUUCUAGGAUCCUAUAUAUCGAAUUCCUUAGCUACACUCAUCAAUCAGUUGUUCUUCAAUUGUAAGAAUACAAGAUCACGCCACAAAACGGAGGGUGAAAGCUCACCGUGCAGUCUUAUGUCAGUGCCCCUAUGAUGUCAGGUGAAUUAAAUGCUGUCCAAAAGCAGGUUCAAGAAGGUUUCCUGUUGCAUAUGACAACCACUGUCUUGCUCACAGGAUAUCACUUUGUGCCUCAUAAUCAGCAAAAAAAAUUCCAAAAGUUGCUAAACUUUUUGACACUGUUGACAAACUUGUACGUUUAUUUAGAAACAGUCUAAAGCGUACGUCUCAACUUGGCCAUAGUCUACUGAAACCUGGUGAAUACGUUGGUUAUCACGUGAUGCAGCAAUUGGGGUCAUUGAUUCAUUGUAUGAAACAAUCAGAGCAUGAUUGUAUGAAAUGGCCAAUGAUAAAGAUGACAAAACGGAGACACAAGUCACUGCUUGAGGGCUCUGUUUGCAAAUUCAGCACAUCAAAUUCGUAUUUCUUUUGUAAAUAUAAAGAAAAAUUUUUGCCCACUGUGACCCAAUAAUAACAGUCAUGCAAAAUCCGAUCAUUGACGCAGUGCAAUUGUCAUCAAUGCUGGAAGAUUUUCAGGGAUUUUUGCACAAUUUGGAUUGCAACCAGAUUUGGGAGGAUGCAAUGCGCCUGGAUCCUAAGAUGCCUGCAGUUCGCCAACGAAAUGUAUGGAGAGGAGUCAAGGAAGCAGCAGAUUCAACAGGUAGUUGGAAAUUUACUGGCAAUUUCGCAACAACUGCUUUGUGGGUUUGAAAAUCUCACAAAAUUCAAAUUGAUGUGAUUUAAUCCACCCUUCGAAAUUUGACAAGAGGAGAAAGAUGCCACGAGCUAAGCAAAAAGAACUUAUAUGUAAAGUCAAAGAACUUUAUCCAUUUGCAGUACCUGUUCCUUUAGCACUUGAACAUAACCUAAGGGUGCUUUAUGAUAACAAUAAAAUAAAAAAUCUUUUAGAUAAAAUGGUAGGAGAACGAGAUGAACUGGCAGCUAAGAAAAGAGAGAGGCGGCAUAAAAUGAAGCAAGCAAACGAGGAGCAAAACGAAAACAAAGAGACGGAUGGAAGCACAGUAGAAGUUGAGGAUUCUUUUGAAAAGGGUACCAGGAGGAGCAGUCAAGAAGGAAAAUAUAAAAGAGGGGAAGCCAAAUGUUCAAGACUUGCUAAAAGUGAUUAAAACAGCUAGUCUCGAAGAAGCAUUACCUCAGGCUUUGAUUUCGCUAGAACUGGCUGCCACAACACCACUUACCAGUGUUCACUGCAAAAGAGUGUUCAGCAGAAUGAAGAAAGUUGUGUCACCAAGCAAAUCAACGAUGUUACAAGCAAGAAAAGAGAAUCUUUCUCCAAGUGGAACAUUCAAUUGUUCCAUCAGUUUCAGAGCAACCAACUUGAAAUAUGUUGUAAAUAGGUUCAAGUCUUUUAAUCAGCGUCAUUAAAAAGAUUUUUAAAUAAAUGAGUUUUUAGUUUAACCUGGCAUCAUUUGCAAACAAAGUUGUCCAUUAUGUUUAAAAAAAGAGUGCUUGCAGUUUCCUGAUGCUCUAUGUGUCUUGCCUACAGAUCUCUACACACAAAUGCUUCAAAAAUUUAUUUGGAAACACAUUUAACUUGUCUUUUAGAUACGAAUUAGAACCAUAUUCGUUUGAAAGCAAAAAGCUUUCCGAGGGGGUACAUAACAGUAUUUUCUUUUCUUUUGCAAAAUAUCUAUAUAAAAGAGAGGUUUGUAAUUGUAGUGUAAUUGAAAUUAAACCAGUGUCUCAUUUUUUUUCUUAUCAUGAUAAUUAUUAUUAUUAUUUUUAUUAUCAUGAUCUUUAGUGGUAUCUUUGCUGCAUCUCAAAAAUGCCUUUGGCGAAGUUCACUACAAGCUGAUACCAGUUAUUUUUGCUGAUCAUUAUAUACUUUCUGAAAUUCAGUCAUUGAUCUCAAGCUUAUAUCUACACUUAAGACCUGUAUCAUAACCGAUGAAUUCCAAAGCCCUGCAAUUCUUGUUGGCUGCAUUGUAUUGCAAGGUGGCUGCCUCAGCCCCCUUCUUCACAACCUGUGCUUCAACACUUUCAUACAAUACGUUAAAACAGUAUUUAAGUUUUAACACCUUUUUUUACUAGGCACAGGGCUAUCCAGACCAUGUUGCCAUGGGAAAGAUUUUCUUCUGGAGCUUAACUUGCAAAGCUGCUGAAAGCACAAGCGUUAGCAAAAAGUUUUUAAAGGUUCUGUAAACAGGCAAAAAGUUUAGAAAAUUAAAGAAAAAAUGCAAAGUCGUCAUAGAAAAAAAAAUUUCUAAGCAAGUCUUUUAAUUUAACAUUUCCUUUUAUUAUAUAAUUAAGAAAUCAGGAAAACAAAGUGCAAAAUGAGUAUUUGUGAGGGGAAAAUUGACAGGGAAGAGCUGGAAAUGCGAUUGAGAGAACAAGAUAUUCAAGCAUGUGGUUGCGAGAGAAAAAAUGAGAGGGAGGUGGAAAAAUUGGAGAAGCAACUUGGGAAGGUAUAACAGGAUAAAGCAAUUAUGGAAGAAGAGCUUAGUAUAAACAGAGAAGAACUCGAUUCAUACAAAAACAAGAUAGGAGAACACAGAAGAAAAUUAUCUUAAAUUAUUGUUGUUCAUCAUCCUGUUGAUAAAGACGAUAAUCAAGAAGUGUUUGAACAUGUGAAGAUUUUUGGAAAUUGUGAUAAGAAAAAAUAAGUAGUUGCCUGGUUGAGGCAUAUGUAAAAAUUUCUUCUAAUCUACCAUUGAAGGCAUUUACUUGUAGUUGAGCUGAUGAAAAAAAUCCUGAAUUAUUCCAGCAGGCAGCAGCUACAGCAGGUAUUUCCCAGGCACCAAAAGUAUCAGUUAUUGAUGCUAUUGGUCUUGAAGCAAAAGUAUCAAUAUUAAAGACCUAAGACAAGUUGCUUAGAUAAGUUGGGUUGCAACUUUUGAUCGUCUGAGAGUAGAAGGAGAGCAGCUUAGAGUUUAGAAAGUAAAUAUGUCACUGAUAGCUCUAAGGUAGAAUCUUGCUUAAUUCAUUUGAAAAGGACAGCUUAGUCUGAGGAAACUAAGUUCCUUCCCUAUAAAUGAGCAUAAGAGUAACUGAGUUCAAAGUUUUUGCAGGAAAUAGUGAAUAACUUGCCAGGAGGGUAUGACCCUUAUCUGGAGAGGGCAAUAACUAGCCUUGUUUUUAGAUAAUAAAGGUGUUGGUAAUAUCAAAUUUAAUGUCGGAAUUAUAAAUAGUAUAACAUCAGGCUCUGUAGACAAUGUUAAUCUUUUUUGCAUGUUUGAGAAAGCAGAUAAUCUAGAAAAUCUGUGAAAAGUUUUAGGUGUUUUUCGUAAAGAGGUUAUAAAAAUUCGAAAGGAAGAUUUUCGAAUUAAUGGUAGAAAGGUGAAGGUUUUUGAGGAGGUGAUUUUCAUUUCGGCCAACAGGGUUCAGCAUCAACAUUUUGAAGUUGAUUAGAUUAAGUAACACUAGUGCAAUAAAGAAUAAUGGUAGAGAGCUUCACACUCUACUAAACUGUAAAGAUAUUGGUUUAAGACCUAUUAAUGAUUAUGUCUUUAAUUACAAGGAGAAUCUUUCAGAUAGCCUGUCCAAUGGUUGCCUUCAUGAUAAAUGUAAGUUUAACAAUAGUGUAAUAGAUCAAAUGCUUUUUCCCAUGAAACACUUGGAUUUUGUUGUUCCUCCUAUAUUGCAUAUUUUGCUUGGAGUAAUGUUAUUUACUGUGUUAUUACGUUUCUGGACAAUGAAUAAGUAAGUUUUGUGGAUUUGGACGAGUUCUAACUAGAAUUUCAUUAUUCUGUUAACCUCCAGUUUACUUCUGUGUUCCAAGACUGAUAGUAGCUAGACUCUAGCAGUGUUAAUCAUGAUAAAAGGGGGAGGGGUUGGAAGUGAAAACCUUUCUUUGUUUAAAUUUUUUCAUUGAAAACUAUUCUUAAAUUCAUUUUAGGAAACCAACUGAGUUCUGAGCAUCUAAAAAUCUCAGUUCAUUCCCUCUGUAGAUCUGUCCACGUUUGAUUUUCAUUCUCACUUUCAACUUUCACAUAUUAUUUUUAUGCUAUUUGAAACUUUCGCCUAUACUUACUGCCUUUUUUCUGAAGUCGUAGGUAUAAAGUCUAAGAAAACUCCUUGAUUUAUUCUAUAAUAUUGUUUUUUUUAACAUUGAAAGGGACAGGCACAAUGCAGAGGGAGCAUGGGGAGUCAUUGCUCGCCCAACUAGAAUUUGUCCCGUGUGCCUGUCUAGAAAUUUUAGGAUGAAAAAUUUUGUUUUUAUCUAUAUACUUAAUAAACAGCAUUUUUAUAUUUCAAUGACUAUAAAUUAAAAGAGUAUCUUUAUAUAAGAGUAAUCAAUUGAUACGAUUGAUAUCAAUUGACAAGACUUAUCAAGGAGACUAUCUUUAAACAGAUCUUUGUAUCUUUGCAAUCAAUUAGAUUUCAAAGGAUGCGUCUAGUGCAAAAGACUCAUUGGUGUAGAAAAUUUAAAACAAAUAAGAAGCGGUCACUGCUAUAGAUUCUACAUAUUUUGGAUUGGCCUAUUACAAAAUUGUUUGGACAUUGUCCAACACAUAGCCCAGAGGAGUCACUCAAACUUUUUAUGUAUGGAUAUCUUCAGCCACAAUUAUCAAAAUUCACCUCAAAAUAUCCAAACAAAAUUUGACAGACCAAAAUUAUCAGCUCAAAAGUGUCCAUAAAACCCAAAAAUAUCAAAAUACAGCAUCUUGUUGUUGAACACAUAAUCUUAUAAGAGACCAUAAGUCAUAGUAAUUUAGACUUUUUCUUAUACUUAUAAGUUUAAAUGUAUAUUUUUCUUUAUUCCUGCUUUUGAUCUGCUAUUUUGACCCAUAGGUAUCAAAAGGGUUUGGGUUAUUUCAUGUUAACAAAGUCAGGCCCAAUGUUACAUACAUAUAGUCUUAGAAUUUCCUAAUUUUUUGCAACAAAGAGCCACUUUGGUGAAAACACCACAUACAAAAUUUCAGCCUUAUAUCCUUUAAGGUUUCAGUUUUGUAGCUGUUUCAAAAGUGACCUACUUUAGCCAAAUAUGCCACACCCAGUUCACCAAGUGAUCGGUGGGUUUUCUAUCAAUAGAUGUAACUUUUCUAUGAUUGUCCAUAUUUGCUUGAAAAUAAUGGCAAUUUUACAUUUGAUACUGUAGACUUCAAAUAUUGCACCAGAAUUUGUCAGUUCUCCAAGAAAGCAGAUAAUCAUGUGUUAGUGUACCAACCAAUUGAAAAAAGUCCUGUAGCUGGAAUCAAAUCAUUAAAAGCUUUCUAUAUUCUGAAAGUUUAUUCUCCGGGCUAUCAGAAAAUGUUGAAGAUUACAGUUGCAAAUGAAGUACUUUGUUUUAUUUGCCACUUGCAAAAUGGGUAAUACUUUGCAAGAAUUGAAGCAAAAAUAAUUUUUUAUUUAGGUAAUAUCUCAUGAAAUAGAAAGAGCAGCUAAAAACAUUGAAUCAUUCGUUAUUAAACUUUCAAAGACAACAAAUAAUAGAUAAAAAUGAUCCCUAGCCAUGGAAAAGUUGAGAUACUGCUUUAUAGUCACUGUAGCUGAUGCUCUAAGUUUGACCUGUGAUUGUUUUGGAUGAAUCAGUUUUGCAAAGCAUGUAAAUGUGAUACCUUGCAUAUAGACAAUUUGACGUUCCUCAUGAAUUCACUGGAUCAUUGAUUUUUAGGAAAAAUUCAAAAUGGGAGGAGCCAUGUAAAAACAUCAGUGACAUGCAUUGGGGAAAGAAAGAGUCAGCUUUGUUUCAGAGUGCAUAUCAACGUGAAUGACAGGAAGCUGUUGCAUUGAUUGAAAGUAUUUUACUUCCUGAAAAGGAACAUGCAUCUUCUUUGUAUCAAGAAUUUUCAGUAGGCCAUGUUUACACAAUCAAAAUGUAGACAUUGCAAUGUUCCAGAGAGUUAUGUACUGAAGUGAUGAAAUAAUAGACCAAAUUGAUGCAAGCAGUAUGUAAACAGUUUGUUACCUUUCUAUUUUAAACACUGUUUCAAAUUAAUUAAUAUUUAGAAUAAUUUUUUAAACACAUGCUCCAAUGUUAAGACAUUACAAAACUAAAAAUCUAUGGGGAAAACAUUUGAACUAACUGCAGGGGUGUUCCCAUAAAAGUUGAUUGACGGAUAGCUAAAACCAUUGUAGUAUCUUGUAAUCCUAGCUUGCUAAAAAGAUCUCUUAACAGAGCUUUUAAUUCUUUGACCUGCCACAUAUAACUAUUUCUCAGAGUAACUAAGAGCAAAUAUUUUAUUUGUGCUCUGCAAAAAGAUUGAAACUUGUUGUUUUUCCAGGUUGAUGCUAGAAAGUGAAGGCAGUCAGUCAGGUGCACCCAUUCAGUUGGAAGCUUGAAAGACAAAGGCAAAAGAAAAAGAAACCAGGUGGAAAUGGAAAGAUGAGAUGACCAAGUCUUUCAGGACUUUGCUUACUUUAUUUUAGCAUAGUUACUAGGGUGGCAAUUGCCCCUACAGGCCAAGUAGCUUUCCAUUGUUUUAAACAAUAAGCAACAAGCUACUGUCCUUUUCUUUUAUAUAAGCAAAGUUUGCUUCCACAGCUUAUUUCUUUUGGAAAAGGCUAUGUUUCUUUGAUAAUAAUUGACGAGUUGUUUGAUGAUUGCAGUUUGAUGACUUUUUAAAUAUUCGCUUUUUAAAGAGUUCUUGGGACGAAUAGUCGAAUUGUUUAAUGUCAUAUUUCUUGUCAGUGUUAGUGAGGUUAAAAGAAGUAGUACUGUCUGUGAUGUGUUGGCAUGUUAUUCGGCUUUAAAGUGAAGUGCCGCCUGAUUGGUCAAUCAGCACGUGCCUAGAUACGUUGGUAGCAACGAGGCGCACCAGAAUAAAUGUCAACAAGAUACUGCGGUUGUAAACGUUCGAGCUUAGCUGACGUCUAUAUUUACAAAUUUUUUUCUAAAUUCCCGCUUUUACAAAGUUCACUUGGCGUAUUUAUAUCAAUUAAAUCGUGCUAUCCUGUUCUGUACUUAAAUAAUUGCUUGGAAUCAACACUUGAAGUGUUUGCGCUCGGAAGGCCUAGUCAGUCAAUAUAGAAGUUAUGGCGGAGGUAAUAUCACUUACCGGAAUGGUCAAGUUUUUCAAAGAGGAUACAAACUGUUUGGAAAAAGGGAAGCUGAAAUUCAAGUCAAGUUUUGUUCUUGAUGUCAAGUUAAUUGGCCAUGAAGUUAAAGCUGUUGUACGAGCGUCGAUGAAGGACAAGUGUUACAACGUGUCUCUGACUGUUGACGGUGAUGGGUGUAUCUCUACUAGUCAUUGUCAGUGUCCGAGAGGAAAAUGGAUCUGUAGUCAUAUGGCAGCUGCAGCUAUAUUUGUUAAUAAACGUGGAUUUUCCAAAACGGAUCUUCCGAACUCUUGGAUUGCAAGACCUAAAAAGUUUGUCAAACUCAAGCCUAUGUCGGAUUUGUUUCCCACGCUAUAGAGCAACAUCACGUGAAGUUGAUGAUGAAGACAGGGCUUUCUUUUAUAAAGAACUUUGUGAAACAGGGCUUACGUGUCCUUUUCAGUGGAUACUUGGUCCAGAACUGCCACAAAUUCAAGCCAAGAACCCGCUAAUGCCGCAGCUAAUAGAGGACCUUGUAGAAGACUUCUUAAGCAACAAAGAAGCAUUCAUUGAAAAAUGUAAUGAUGCACAGAUAAAAUGGUUGGCAUCAAACACCGUAGAACAGAGGCUUUCUCCAAUGUGGGCUAAAUUCAGGCGAUUACGCUUAACAGGCAGCAAUUUUGGGGCAGUUUUGAAAGCCAUACAACGCAACAAAAAUCAAAACCGACCCUACCCUCCUUCCCUGUUUAAAACAUUGAGAAUGGAAUAUUCACUUGGAAAAAAAGAUGCCAUUAUGUGGGGUCAGAUGCAUGAGGAGAUGGCAAUCCAAAGCUAUUCUCAGAUAACAGGCAACACUGUAACAAAAACAGGUCUCCAUUUAUUUCCUUGUGGCUUUUUGGGUAGCAGCCCAGAUGGCAUUAUUUCAGUUCCUGAUGACACAGAAAAUAUUGGGGUUAUUGAAGUUAAAUGCACAUUCAAAUACAGAAAUGCAAGCAUCAGUGAGAUUAUACAAAAUGAACUACCUGAUGGUUCUAAGGGAAGCUCAUUCUACCUUAAGAAAGAUGGUCAUCUGAGAGAGAACCAUGAAUACUGGCAUCAGGUGCAAGCUGAAAUGGCCUCAGUUGGUGUCAAUUGGGCACAUUUUGUACUAUGGACUCUAAAGGAGACAUACUACACCCAAGUGAUCAGAGACCCAAACUGGGAAAAGAUAUCACUCCCAGUGCUUCAAGACUUUUAUUUGAAUGAGCUGUUUCCAACAUUUUAUACUAAAGAUAAAAAAUUAAUUACUUGAUGCUUUCUGCCGUUAUUUCUAUCAUUUCUUAUCUAUAAAAUGACUUAAAAUCAUUACAUGUUUUUUAUUCUAAAUUAAAAACAAUAACAAACUUUUACAAGAAAAAAUAACAGUAUCAACUGACAUAAACCUCCAACUGUAAUAAGUUACAUACUACUGUAUUAACCUACACAUAAGGUGCACUUUUCUCUCAUCAGCCCGUUUUACAUUGUGUAUCAUUAUACUGUAACAAUUUAAAUUAUCAUGUGUCAAAUGAGACAGUCUUUAAUAUUCAAUAAUUAGCCAACAUUUCUGGAGCAUUGACUCAGAUACCCAAAAAACUUUUCAUUAUCAAAUAUUUUCAUAGCACAAAGGCCAGUUAUUGCCCCCGACUUGAAUUGAUUUUUGGAUUUGGGUUGUAUGCAUGCUUUUCAUUAGGUUGCAUAAAAUUAUAAAUUCAGCUUAGGUAUGGAACAGCUUUUGUGUAGAUUUUUACAGUAUAUGCUGUAUAUUAUUGUUUAUAUUAUCAUUCUUCAAAAUCAGACACAAUAACUGAAGCAGAAUAGUUGUCAAAUACUCCAGAAAUAACAGGUGACUGCAAAUCCACAAGAGCAGCACAGACUUGAACUAUCUUGUCUGCAAAUGACCUUAAAGGGGCAGUCAGCUGAUUGACGAUCUUAUAGUUUCUUAUUCGUCCAAUUGCUCGUUCAACAUGUAUUCUGCAACCAGCCAGUUUUCUUGAAAAUGUUGCCUCUUCCUUGGUAAAUUGAGAUUUGCCAGCAAGAAAGGCAGGCAGAUUCAAAAACACAUUUUUUGGCAAGAUGUCCCUUGUCUGCUAAAAUUAAAUCCCCAGCCUGUAGAAAGAUAAUGAAUAUACAUACAUAUGAUAUAAACAAUAUAUUCAGAAGAGAAUUACUGUGAUGUUGUCACAAAGAUGGCAACAAAUUUUCCUUUCAAAAGGAGGCUAGGCUCUAAUUCAAGUUUACUCUGACAGAAUAAGGACUGUAAUUGUUGGAACACUGGAACAUUAUUUGCAAAUGUUGAAUCUUUGCAAAAAAAUCAAUGGCAUUGAGGGGCAAAGGAAGUUUUAAACAUGACAUACACAGCUUGCAGAUAUACUUGAAAUUUGACAUCAUACUUUUAGUAUCCUGUUCUAAGUAUGGAGAGGUUCUACUAUACUGUAAUUUUAGUUGUAUAAAACACACCUGUAAAUGAUGCAAUAUGCCACUGUCCUUUGUCACAGCCUUGCCACUGGCACUUCCUGGAAAACCAUUGCUUACAAAUGUUACUGCACCAUUUGCAGCAACACCAAUCAAAAACUUGCCUGUCAAAUAAUGUUUGUAGUUGCUAAAAGAAGAGGCUGCAGCUGCAAGGUCUUUUCUUGGCACACUAAUUCUAAAUUCUGUGCAGUCAAUUAUUAUUCUACAGUUUGAGAAGUCACCAAAGGAAUCCGGAAGACUGCAUUUAUUCUUUUCAAUGCUUGGCAAUGCCGUUAUCAUACCCUGAAGAGAGUUUCAUGAGUGGAAUGUAAAUAUGUCAUGAAAAUGUUUUGUACGCUGAUCUGGCUGAUCAUGAAUCUUCGAGCUAAAUCAAAGUAUGGCAAAUCCAAUUUAAGUUUCAUGAGGAACAUGAGCAGUUGGUCUUCUUUUGAGACAGAGAUGACAGCUGAUCCUGACCAGUAUUUUAAUGGGGAUAACCUAUCAAUUAGCCUGACCAAACAAUUGAAAAAUGGCCUUUGUAACCCUGUAUAC